CUCUUAGUCUCUUACCAUACAGGAGUUUUACGUAGUAGAUAUAUUAAAAAAUUAUAGUACAUGGGAAAAAUGACGUUUUAGGUAAACUCGAGCAUGCAUCUAUAAAUUAGUGAAUGAUAGCAUUCCAUAUCAUAGCAUUAAUUAGCAAUCAUAAUAAUAGAGAACUAAGCUUACUAUUGUAAAGAAAUGGCUGCAUCGAAUAUGGCGACUGCUAUUUCAAGCAACGUGAGGCAUAUCCGCCCUCCCAUCGUCACUUACAAGCCAAGCAUGUGGGGUCACAUUUUCUCAACAUUUUCUUACGAUCAUCAGGUGCAGGAGAAGUAUAGCAAGGAAAUGGAAUCAUUGAAGAAAGAAAUAAGAAGCAUGCUAAUGGCUGCCAACUCUACCAAACUUAUGGUUUUGAUCGACCAAAUUGAGCGUUUGGGACUCUCAUAUCAUUUUGAGAUAGAAAUCGAAGAGAAACUCAAACAAGUUUAUGAUGCCGCAGACGAUUGCGACUUGUUCACUACUGCGCUUCGAUUUCGUUUGCUCAGACAACAUCAAUAUCAUGUUUCUUGCAAUGUAUUCGACAAAUUUAUUGAGAAAGAUUGCAAAUGGAAAGCAGAAAGCCUUAGCAGCGACUUGGAAGGCAUGUUGAGUUUGUACGAGGCAGCUCAUGUCCGAAUUCGAGACGAAAAAAUAUUAGAUGAAGCUGCGGAGUUGAUAGUUGAUGGAUUGAAUCAUAUGACAUUAGAGUCUCUUAUUAAAGAGAAAGUGGAGCAAGCUUUGAAGCACCCCAUUCAUAGAGGUCUUCCACUUUUGAAUAUCCGAUUCUACAUUUCCAUCUACGAAAGAGAUGGAUCCGCAAAUGGAUUACUUCUCAAACUUGCCAAAUUGAAUUUCAAUUUCCUGCAGAAUAUCUACAGGAAAGAACUCGCUGAACUUAUGAGGUGGUGGGAUAAAUUUGACCUAAAGAAUAAAUUGACGUAUGCAAGAGACAGAAUGGUGGAGUGUUAUCUUUGGGGCAAUGCGUUACGCUACGAACCUCAGUACUCAUACCUUCGAGUAGCUGUCGCCAAAAACAUGCAACUUGUUUCAAUUAUGGAUGACACCUAUGAUAAUUAUGCUACACUUGAAGAAGAUGACCUUUUUACUGAGAUUUUGGAGAGGUGGAAUUUGGAUGAGAUUGAUGUACUCCCAGAAUUUAUGAAAGUUGUUUAUAGAUUCAUUAUGAGUGUAGACGAAGAUUAUGUAGGUGAAGCAGAAAAGCAAGGAAAAUCCUUCGUAGUCCCUUACUAUAGAGAAACAGUGAAACAACUUGGUAGAGCUUAUAACCAAGAGCAGAAGUGGAUCAUGGAAAGGCAAAUGCCAAGUUUUGAAGAGUAUAUGAAUAAUUCGGUGAUUACGAGCUGUAUGUAUGUGAUGUUCACAUCUCUCGUCCCUGGCAUGAAAUCUGUUAAUGAAGAAGCAGUUCAAUGGCUGCUGAGUGAGCCCAAAAUCGUAAUUUCCACUGCUAAGAUGGGCCGAACCCUCGAGGACUUAGCCAGCCAUGAACGCGAGAAUAGGGAAGGCAAGCUGCCAACAGUGGUGGAUUGCUACAUGAUGGAUAAAGGUGUAUCAAAGCAAGAGGCGCUUUGUGAGUUUGUGGAACUUGUUGAGAAUGGAUGGAAGGAUAUAAACGCGGAGUGGGCUAAGCGAAGCUCUGUGCCUAAGGAAAUGGUGGAGCUCCUCCUAAACUACGGCCGCGUAGCUGAGAUCACUUACAAUAACAAAGAAGAUGGCUACACUAACCCAGAAAAGUAUGUGGGGCCAUUGAUUGCAGCUCUUUACGUGGAUCCUCUUCUCAUUUGACGAACUUGUUUGUUCGUUGUGCCCCAUAAUUCCUCAUCAAAUAUAUAUAUAUUCUCCCUUAUGGUGAAUAAGUUUGGGGGGAUGUGUAUUUGUAGGUGCACUUAUGUUUUUAUUUUUUGCUUUUGGUGGUGUCUUUAGCGUUUUUAGUGUCUUGUUUUUAAUUAUGUUGAUGUUUCUUUGAGUCUUGCUAUGAGUCGUUUGUUUCUGUUGAUUGCGAGACUUUGAUGAUGAGUUGAGAAUUUGUGGGAAUUUCUAAUGAUUGGCUUGUGAUGAUUUCUGUGAAAAUUGGAGCAAGUUGCAUAUG